AGGUGGCCGAGAGGAAGCUGACGGUGGAAGAGGAGGAAGCCAAGAGGAUUGCAGAGAUGGGCAAACCAAUACUCGGCGAGCAUCCCAAACUAGAAGUCAUCAUUGAGGAGUCCUAUGAGUUCAAGAACACCGUAGACAAGCUGAUUAAGAAGACAAACCUGGCUUUGGUUGUAGGGACACAUUCCUGGAGGGACCAGUUCCUGGAGGCCAUUACCGUCAGCGCAGCGGGUGAUGAGGACGAGGAUGAGUCUGGCGAGGAGCGCCUGCCCUCUUGCUUUGACUACGUGAUGCACUUCCUGACCGUCUUCUGGAAGGUGCUGUUUGCCUGCGUGCCCCCCACCGAGUACUGCAACGGGUGGGCCUGUUUCGGGGUGUCCAUCCUGCUCAUCGGGGUCCUCACCGCCCUCAUCGGGGACCUGGCCGCCCACUUCGCCUCGGUGACGGCCGUCGUCUUCGUCGCCUUCGGCACUUCUGUACCAGACACGUUCGCCAGCAAGGCCGCGGCCAUCCAGGACGUGUAUGCCGAUGCCUCCAUCACCAACGUCACGGGCAGCAACGCCGUCAACGUCUUCCUGGGCAUCGGGCUGGCGUGGUCGGUGGCAGCCAUCUACUGGGCAUCCCAAGGGCAGGAGUUCCAGGUGUCGGCGGGCACCCUGGCCUUCUCCGUCACCCUCUUCACCCUCUUCGCACUCAUCUGCCUCUGGCUGCUGUACAUCCUCUUCGCCACUCUGGAAGCCUACUGCUACAUCAAGGGGUUCUAG